AUGAAAUGUAUAAUUUAUUUUGAAGAAAAAGAUGUUUUUGCUGACAGUAAAAUAACUGUAGGCGAGUUUUUUAUAAGUGAUCUUUUAGACAUAAAGCAUUUUACGGAAGACAAAAAAACGAUAGGAUUUGUCCAUAAUCGAGAAGCUUCAUUAAAAAGGACAUUUUUUUCCUUUGCUCGAAUAUUGAUUUAUAUAUUUUUAGAGUCUAUGAUUGAGAGUACGUUAUAUUUUGUGAUAGUAGUUUUGAAUUGGGUUGUUUUGUUUGCUAUUAUUUUAUAA